GAACUACAGCAGCUUAGCAAGCAAUACAGCAAUAUCAAGCUCCUGCAACUAGAUGUGGUCUGUGAAAACAGCAUCAAGAAAGUAGUUAAGGAAGUGGAAGAAAUUGUGGGAGACAAAGGUCUGAACUGCCUCAUUAACAAUGCUGGCAUCAAUGUGCUUGCGUCCUUGGAAGAAGUCACAGCAGAGACAAUGCUCACCAUUUAUGAAACCAAUACAGUUGCCCAGCUGAUGGUCACUAAGGCAUUUCUACCCCUUCUGAGGAAGGCAGCCCAGCUGACCACAGGAAUGGGCUGCCAUAGAGCUGCUAUUAUCAAUAUGUCCUCUCUUGCUGCCUCCAUGCAACUUGUCCAGGCAAACGAGAUGUUUCUCAAGGUCUACCCCUACAGGAUAGCAAAGACUGCAUUGAACAUGAUCACCAGGUGUCUUGCUGCAGACUUGAAAUCAGAUGGAAUUCUCUGUAUUUCUUUGCAUCCAGGCUGGCUUCAGACAGAUAUGGGUGGAAACAUGGCUCCCAUGCAGGUGCAAGAGGCUAUCCCAGGUAUUCUCUCUGUUCUGGACCGUCUUGGUGAAAAAGAAAAUGGUUCCUUCCUGGACUGGCAAGGGGAAACUCUACCAUGGUAGUAGUGCACAGUAUGCUACAAAAUCAGCGUGUCAGUCACUAUUUAACUUGUGCCACUAAUGUGUGUCUCUAAGGUUUUCUUA